CUAUCAGAAGUGAUAAACGAAAGAGUGUGAGGCAACAAACAGUACCAGAAACCACAGGGUUGAGAAUGAAAAGAAACAGAGUCAAUUGUAAGUUAAAAAGAUUAAAUACAUUAUAGAAAAGCAAAUAUCAAAAACAAACAAAAAACAGAAAAGCAAAUAUCAACUGAAAGAGGAAGUGUGAGUGAGAAAAAAAACAACUAAAGGACUUGGCUAGCUCAGUCAUCUUGCAUUUAGAGUUUUGGUUCGAGAUCACGUGGAUGGAUGUCACUUUGAACUGCGUUUUCUCUCCAACUGUUCGAUAAGAAGUGAAACAUCUGCUCCACUCGCAACAAGUGUGAAAUGAAGCUACUUCACCAAACGGUGGAUUUUUUCUAACCCUUUUUGCUAAUCUUUACAAGAGGUGCCAAUAAUUGUGGAGAGCAAUGUAGGUUUUGCUGUAGGAAGAAGAUGUGCUUCUACAAUGACAUACUGGUCAGACUGUGAGCAUACCGAGGAGUUGUGAGGACUGGAUACACAAGUGAGACCAUGACACUGCUAGGACAUUAAGACGACUGCACUUUUCCCAUUCCUAAGGAAAAGGUCAGCACUGGAUGGCAACCUAAUGGAACAGCAUGACUUUUUUUGGAUAAUAUAUUUAGGACAACAGGUGUCUGAGGACCUCAGUGUAAACCAACAAAGACUGACAUCCUUCUGUGCUUUAGAGCAGACCUUCAGAUCUGGACUAAUGACAGGAAAAUGAAGGACAGCACUUUUGCAUGUGGAAAUGAAACAAUAUCUGAAGGUAUUAAAGAAUACCAGCAUUACACUUAUGCAGUUAUCUACACAGUAAUCCUGGUCCCAGGGUUGAUCAGUAAUGUUUUGGCACUUUGGGUUUUCCAUGUGUAUGUGAAAGAAACAAAGAAAGCUGUGAUCUUCAUGAUCAACCUGGCCAUUGCAGAUCUGCUCCAAGUACUUUCAUUACCUUUACGUAUAUAUUAUUACCUGAAUAAAUCCUGGCCCUUUGGCCAUCCUCUCUGCAGCUUUUGCUUCUACCUGAAAUAUGUCAACAUGUAUGCCAGCAUUUACUUUCUGGCAUGCAUAAGCGUAAGACGUUGCUUACUUAUCAUCUAUCCACUUCGAUACAAAGCAACAAAACGGCGACGAGACCGCACAUGGUGUGCAAUAGGCUGGUUCAUCGUGUGUGUCGGAUGCUUACCCUUUCCUUUGCUGAGAAAAAAUUUCAACUCAGACAAUUCUACCAUCUGCUUCUCAGAGCUACCUAUGGUGUCUCUAUCCUUGGCAAGUGGAGUGACUCUUGUCACAUUGGCAGAACUCAUUGGUUUUCUAUUACCUCUAGCAGUGAUCUUCACUUGCACAUGGUUAACUGCUGCAAGUCUACGUGAAAAAAACUGUGUCCUUCAAGAUGCUGGAGAAAAGCGUAAAGCUCUCAAGAUGGUGCUGAGCUGUGCAGGUGUCUUCCUGAUCUGUUUCAUGCCUUAUCACAUCACUUUUCCUUUGGACUUUUUAGCCAAAUUGAAUAAGCAAAUGAGCUGUGCAUUCAGGACUGCCAUCCAACGCUCCCAUCCUAUAACCUUGUGCCUGGCCAGCUUUAACUCCUUCCUGGACCCGGUGAUGUACUACUUCACCACUGAUGAAUUCAAGCGGCGUCUCUCAAGGCCAGAGUUGGUUGAAGGCUUUCAUUUGCACCGCAGGACGUCCUGCUCAACAACUGAGGUGAAAACAUUGCAGUCUGAGCAAGAAUCAGGAAUAUGAAGACUUUAACUUCAUUAACUAUCAGAAAGUCACUAACAUUGAGGGUAAGAGCCCACAAUGACUGCUGACAAAGAAAGAGAAGAAAUCCAAAAGCCACUUUAAGACCAAAUUUAUUCCCAUAUUUGUGGAAAAAAAUGAGGGGGGG